UCGGAUCGGGCGAAAAGACUGACGUUGCUUAUGAAAAAAUCAUUUAUCCUAAAAAUUUAACGUAAUUUUAUUUUUAACUAAUAGAAAUUACGAAUAAAGCACAAUUAACUACGAUCCGAAACUCUUGUUAUAAAUACUUCCUGAUAGAUAAUAACAGUGGAAUAUUAGUAAAAUUAUAGAAAUGAAUUUUGCAAAUUAUUUUCUAGAAAGAAAAAAAUAUUAAAAAAUAGGAUUUAAGUUUUCUUAAUAUUACUUUAAAUUUUUAUCAGUUUUAAGACAUUUCCUCCAUCAUGCAGGUAGCACGCUUUUUUCUUUACAUUAGAAAAAAUUUAAACUUAUGUAAAAAUGAUUGAAAAUACAGUGGGUGAUCGGUUAACCAACAUAAUCCGUUCCAAGUCUUUGUUCGCUAUCCGUUGAAUGAGUUAUAUAUAUAGAUACUUCGGUGGGUUGACGUCAUUCAGCUGACCAAUCAGCGCUUUGUGUCAUCUGGAUAUUUAGCCGCACGUACGACCGAAGAUAGGUAGUCGAAAGACCAGUUAAUCUACCGACUCUGCUAUUGGCGGUUUAUGAUCACAUGACUUUAAGCCACCAUUAUUAUUCCAAACAACAACGUGUUAGCGGGUUUUGAACGAAAGCUUCGUAGAUAAAUAUAAUCGUCUAUACGUUCGUUGUCUGCAAACAAAUUAAAAUUAAUCAAAGGUUAGCGAUAUUAAGAAUAUAUAGACGAUAGUAUGACUGGAUGUGCCGCUUUCGGCUGCACAAAUCGCAGCGAGAAAGGAUUUUUGAUGAAAGUUUUUCCGAAAGAUCCUGCACGUCGUAAGCUUUGGGAAAUAAAAGUGAAAAGAGAAAACUGGAAAGCAACCGACAGUAGCUAUUUAUGUGAAGUACAUUUUCCUGAUGAUCAGUGGGAAAAAACUAGAGUUGAUGGAACUAGAAAAUUGAAGCAUAAUGCUGUCCCUUCCAUAUUUUCUUAUGCACCACUUAAAAAAUCUAGAAGGGUUCCACCAGUAAGAAAUCCACUUUCUUCAAAAACUUGUAAAAUUUCAAAAGAUGAUGCAAGUUCUGUUGAACAAGCAUCAAGUUAUGAACCAGCAACAGAUAAUUUUCAACAAGACAAUUUUACAAUAUUCAAUGAAGAUUUCAGUUUUGAGAAAUGUAAAGAUAAAGAUAAAAUAAUUGAUGAGUUAAAAAGUGUAAUAUUGAAAAAGGAUAAAAUAAUUUCUAAAUUACACUUUAAAUUAAUCAAUGUUGAUAAAAGAUUAAUUAGGAAUAGAAUACAAAAAUUUAGAGCUUGCCAGAAUGAUAAAGUUAAGACAGCUCUACAAGACAUAUUUAAAGAUGAUCAGCUAGCCUGCAUUUCUUGAAAAUCAAUGUGUUUUAAAAAAUGGUCCAAUGAAACAGUAUGUACAGCAUUAGGAUUGAGAUUGGGGUUCAAAAGGUUAUGACAGCUUACUCAAAUGCAAUCUGACUUAUCCAUCUUUAAGAACCUUACAUAGAUGAAUGGAAAACUUAAAAUUUGAAAGUGGAAUAUUGUACAAAGUGUUUGCUUUUCUUUAUCUGUUUCCAUAUUGUCAACUUAUAUUUUAAGAAAAUCAAUGUGUUUUAAUUUUGGAUGAAACAUCAUUACAAGCACUGAUUAUGACAUAUGUACUAAUACAUAUUAUGGCAAGGUAACAUUACUAAAUCAUACAGGCUUGGCUACUCAUUCACUGUUCUUUAUGUUAAGUGGUUUACAAGGUGGAAACACUGUUGCAUACUUUUAUACUAGCAACUCAACAGAUGAUUGUUUUAAAAAUUAAUUCUUGAUAUAAUUAAAUAUAGUGAAGAUGUGGGAUUAAUUGUUAAUGCUAUAACUUCUGAUAUGGAUCUGUAAAUCAGAUAAUGUGGAAAACCUUUGUCAUUAUUAGUAGAAAAUUUAGUAAAUGUGAAUAUUAUAUCCCACAUCCUUAUUGUUUAGAAGAAACCAUUGAGUUUAUUGCAAAUCCAAUACAUCUUAAAAAUAUUCAUAGCUGUUUUUUAAGCAAUACAAUAAUCAUUGCUGAUAAAAUGUAAAAUCUUGAAAGAUUAUAAUUUAUGUAAAAGGUAAUGAAUUAAAUGAAAACUAUAAUUUUAAAAAUAAAUUGCAUUAAUUUACCCGGUGAAUAGGCAGGACAAUGUGAUACUUUUUUCCGAGACAUUUCAUAUCAUUUUAUCAUGUUUAUUAGAUUAAAUAAACUAUUUUUGAACAUAACAUAAAACAGCUUUAAUUAUUAACAUUCAGAAUAUUAAAAACAAAAAAGAAUUGGCUUGUCAUUUGUCACGUCUGGUAAAUGUUCAUCAUAAACAAAUUCCAAAAAUGAUUAAAUAGUAUAUUAAAUAAACAAAUAAUAAUAAAAAUUAAUCCAAACUAAAACAUCUGAGAUUUAAAAAGAUUACACCAAGUAAAAAUUUAUGACAAUUUAGAUGAUUGUCAAAAUCUUUCUUUGAUAAAGAUAAGCUUGGCAUUUGGAAGUGGUACCCAUGUUUUUUAACAGUAUUAUCAUUUUCUACAUUUUGCCUCCAAGUGCCAAGCUUAUCUUCACCAAAGAAAAAUUUUGACUGUAAAUUGAAUGUGAACUGAAAAUGAAAGUAAAUUGUCAUAAAUUUUUACUUAGCAUAAUUUUUUUACAUGUCAGAUGUUUUUGUUUGGACAUCAAUUAUUUUGUUUAAUAAUUAUUACAUCAAGACAUAAGAUACAUUUUGGUUGGCACUUGGUGACUGAAUGAACCACCAACAAAAUGUGCUGCCAACUGGAUGCUUUCAAUAUUCAUUUCAAUCAGCGCUGACUGACACUUUCGAUAUGUCAUUUAGAAAAAUUGUUAUAAAAACUUAAUUCACAUAAACUUGAGCUUUCAUAAUUCUGAGUAACAUUUUGAAUAAAAUUCAUUUGUUUCAUGCAAUUUUAUCUUUAGAAGCAUAAAAUUAAGCCAUAAAACUGAAUUAGCUCUAUAGGAAACUCCAUGAACUUCAACCUAUCAACCCAGAAGUUUCAUGAGUGCCUCACUAAUAAUGAGAAAUGCUUAAGUUUAAAAUUUGAGCUUUAUAGACUCGGUAGUUUUUUCUCUACUACAAGUGUCUGCAGUCCAAGGUAAAGGAAAAGAAGAAAAUCAGCUUUUUUGGCUAUUUUUGUACUGAAA